UAAAUCAAUUAGUUUAUAUGUCCCAAGUUAGUUAGUAGUUAUUUAUCAUUUCUCUACAUUAACAACGUAACAAAUUAUUUUGAUGAAGAAAUCUCAUUAUAUUAUACCAACUUCUAUUUGGAAAGAAAAAUGAAUUCAUCCUACAAAGUAUAUUAUUUUGAUGUUCCUGGUAAAGCUGAGCCAAUACGCAUGCUUUUAAGUUACGGAGGAUAUCCAUUCGAAGAUGUGAGAUUUGAGAAGUUAGUUGAAUGGCCCAAACAUAAAAAGAAUAUGCCCUUUGAACAAGUACCCGUUUUGGAAAUUGAUGGCAAAAAACUAACACAAACCGUACCACUUACUAGAUUCUUAGCGAACCUUGUGGAUCUUGCAGGAAAAGAUCAUGAAGAAAAUUAUGAAAUUGAUUCUACUGCUGAAAUUAUUGGAGACAUCUAUAAUAGUGCCUUGGAAUUUUUUUUUGAACGCGACGAACAUAAAAAAAGAAAUUUUGAGAUUAAAAUGCAAUCAACGUUGUCUCUAUUUUUGCCAAGUCUAGAAGAACGUGCAAAAAAAAAUGGAGGUUUCAUCGCACUAAACAGGUUAACUUGGCCUGACCUAUGUUUCACAACUUAUUACCAAGAUAUCAGAAAUAUAUUGGGAAAAGACUUUUUGCAAGAUUAUCCAAAUCUUCAACAAGUCAAAAAACACGUAUUAGCUGUAGAGAACAUAAGGAAUUGGAUAAAGAGAAGACCAUUAGAUCCAGCAUUUGCAUACACAUUGAAAGAUGAUUUAUAAUUCUUUUUGUAAACGUCUAUUGACAUAUGAUGAACUGGAAAAGGAACAUAAUGUAAAUCGUCAUCACCAAUGUUUACAAAUAAUUUCCAUUAAUAAAGAGUUGAUGUAAAUAA